GGGGAGGGGCGCAGGUAACCUUACCUGCAGCCACACCUGCGUGUCAAAGCUGCUCCAGUCCAGCUGAGGAAGACUUCCUGACAGACGCUGAAGGUGAGUUUCUACCUGUUUUGGUUGAAACCAGGGCUGUCCUCCAGGUGUCCUCCAAGGUGUUCUCCAGGUGUCCUCCAGGUGUUCUCCUGUUUCACUAAACUCCAGUAUCAGCAUCUCUCUGACGGGAAAAAGAGGCACUCAGAUCCCAGAGGAGGAGGAGGUUCCGCUGGGCCCGGUUCUGAGACACAUUGGUUCUGGUGAUGAAUCUGGACCAAUCUGUGAUCUACUCACAUGAGAGUUCUGGUUCUGGUCCGAAUCGGCCGCAACACAAACCAGCCCUGGCAGCAGUUGCCAUGGUUAUGGUCACAUGAUCUCAGGUGUUUUGUUGCAGCACUUAAGGAGCAACGUUAGCGGGCGGGUGCGCUCCAUCUUAAAGCCGGGGAGGCGGUGGGUGGGGCUAGUUCAGCUUCCUCUGAGGGUCAGACCAGAGGGUCAAGGGUCAGUGUUCCCCAGGCCUAACAGGUGAUGUUUUCUGCCCCGCCCGCUGCAGGUGACAUCAUGGUGUUCCAUCCUGAGUUUGAGCGAGCAGGUAAAGAGGCGGGGCUUCAGGUGUGGCGAGUGGAGAACAUGGACCUGGCUCCUGUCCCUGAGAGUCUCUAUGGACGGUUCUACACCGGAGACGCCUACCUGGUUCUGAGCAGCACCAGCAACCGCCGAGGAGACCUGCAGUACGACCUGCACUACUGGCAAGGUUCCGAGUGCUCUCAGGAUGAAAGCAGCGCCGCCGCCAUUCUUGCUGUCCAGAUGGACGACUUCCUGCAGGGGGCGCCGGUCCAGUACCGAGAGGUCCAAGGCCAUGAGUCCGGGACCUUCAGUGGAUACUUCAAAACGGGCCUGACCUACAUGAAAGGAGGCGUGGCCUCAGGGUUCAAUCAUGUGGUGACCAAUCAGGUGGAAGUUCAGCGGUUGCUCCAAGUCAAAGGUCGCCGUGUUGUCAGGGCAACAGAGGUUCCUGUUAGCUGGGACAGUUUCACCCAGGGAGACAGCUUCAUCCUGGACCUGGGACAGGUGAGGACACCUGGGGGACAGGUGAGGACACCUGGGGGACGAUUAAACCUUCUUUUGAUCCAACAGGAAAUCCUCCAGUGGUCCGGUUCCCAUAGCAACAGAUUUGAGAAACUGAAGGCCACUUUGGUCUCUAAGAGUAUCCGUGACAACGAGAGGUGUGGGCGGGCCAACCUCCAGGUUGUCGAUGAGGGGGCGGAGCCAGACAGGAUGAUAGAGGUUCUGGGAGACAAACCGGACCUGCCCCCGUCCCACAGCGAAGACACCCAGACCGACGCGUCCAACAGGAAGGUGGCGAAGCUCUACAAGGUGUCCAACGCAGGCGAGGACAUGGAGGUCACCCUGGUGUCGGAGCAGAACCCGUUCUCCCAACACGCCCUGGAGUCCAGCGAGUGCUUCAUCCUCGACAACGGAACCAACGGACGCAUCUUUGUCUGGAAAGGUAAGGACGCCAACGACGCCGAGCGGCAGGCCGUCCUGCAGAACACCGAGAAAUUCAUCCAGCAGAUGGAGUACCCACCUUACACCCAGGUCCAGGUCCUCCCUCAGUCCGGGGAGACGCCUCUCUUCAAGCAGUUCUUUAGGAACUGGAGGGACGCUGAAGACACCGUCGGCAUGGGAACGGCCUACGUCUCCAACAAGGUGGCAAAGAUUGAGAAGGUGCAGUUCGACGUGUCCAAGCUGCACCAAUCGGACUCCAUGUCGGCGCAGUACGGGAUGGUGGACCGCGGAGACGGAGACAAAAAGAUCUGGAGGGUGGAAGGGUCCGGUAAGGUUCUGGUGGACCCGGCUACCUUUGGUCAGUUCUACGGCGGCGACAGCUACCUGAUCCUGUACCAGUACCAACAUGGCGGCAGGCAGGGCCACAUCGUCUACGCCUGGCAGGGGGCGGAGUCGAGUCGGGACGAAACCGCGGCGUCGGCCAUUCUGGGCGUCGAGCUGGACAGCGAACUGGGAGGCGGAGCAGUUCAGGUGAGGGUGGUCCAAGGCAAAGAGCCCGCCCACCUGAUGAGCCUGUUUGGAGGUCAGCCGAUGGUGGUGUACCAGGGCGGCACCUCCAGGGAGGGCGGCCAGUCCGCCGCCGCCGACACCCGCCUGUUCCAGGUGCGGUCCAACCCAGCUGGAGACACCCGGGCUGUGGAGGUGAGACCAGCAGAACCUGGACAGGUGGGCCCGACCUCGUCCCGCCUGAACUCCAACGAUGCGUUCCUGCUGGCGGCGGCCGGGGGGGCGUGGCUGUGGAAGGGGCGGGGCAGCAGCGCGGCGGAGGCGAAGGGGGCCGAACACCUGGCCCAGGUGCUGCAGGUGAACCCCGCCCCCCUGGAGGAGGGGGAGGAGCCAGACGGGUUCUGGGCAGUUCUGGGCGGGAAGGACGACUACUGCCGCGCCCCUCGGCUCAGCAACAAGAUGGACGCCCAUCCGCCACGCCUCUUCGCCUGCUCCAACAAGACCGGCACCUUCCAGAUCGAAGAGGUUCCGGGAGAACUGACCCAGGAUGACCUGGCUCCUGAUGACGUCAUGAUACUGGACACCUGGGACCAGGUGAGUCUUCCUCGUCACCAUGGAAACCAGGUUCUGGCUCCGCCCGCGGCUCACCGUGUCCCCCGGCAGGUGUUCGUUUGGAUCGGGAACGAGGCCCACGAGGAAGAGAAGACGGAAGCCGUCGCGACAGCUGAGCGCUACAUCAGAACCGACCCGGCUGGCAGAGACCCGCGGACCCCCAUCCUGACCCUGAAGCAGGGAUUUGAACCACCAAACUUCACCGGUUGGUUCCUGGGCUGGAACCACGACUACUGGAGCGACGACCCACUGGAGCGCUUCCUGCUGGCCCUGUGACAUCACUUCCUGUUUACACUGCAGCACAGUGAAUAAAGCCCAGAGUGACCCAGUUAUCAGUGUGUGUGUGGAUGAGCACAGCGACAGGCUGGUUUCUGGCUUUAUUGUAGCUCCUUAUAAAUACUGUAGAUAAAUAACAAACAGAGGCUCAUAGAUACAGAACAGACAGAAGCCACAGUGGGGGGGGGGG